UUGAGUGAGCACCGCAUUGCGUGUUGCAUAUCGACAGCAUCCUGUUCGCGGUGUUUGCAAGAGUAACGUUUUCUCUUUCUUUAUAUGAUGUUUGCGGGUUUACGGGGUGCGCUAUAAGGGGAUAAUUGGGUGUGGGUGAACAAGAGGGGGGUGCAUCAAACUCGUCCCUGCGGCAGUAGGUUGAAACGUCUUGGCGUGCUAAGAUGUUUGUGUCAUGGUCAUCUGGUACAAGAGAUGAUGGAGCUCAGAUGGUUAGUGUUGUCAUGUGUUGCCGUCAGCGUCGUCAGUAUACCGUCGUUGGUUGUCAUGUGCGUCCAGUGAUAGUGAAUUAUUUGUUACUUUAAACUGUGUGGUGAAACAGCACAGCUGCAAGAAAGCAGAUGUCGGAGUCCUGACAUACGACUCUGGCGCCCCUAGCGGUGGGGAGAGUUCGUCGAUAUGUCGGAAUUCACCAAACUACUCAAAAAUGGAUCUGGCAGUUGCAGUAUUCCGCGGAACGGAGGACUUCCCCGUACUUCCAUCACAGGGAACAGACGCCGGUUCAAUGCAUAUAGUGUUGCGCUGGUGUGCUCAGUGUGUCUGUUGAUGCUAAUCGUAAGCCAUCGGUUAGUCAAUUCUGCGGCCCUUGACCGGGCUCCUUUCCUGGACAUCAGCAGGACCUUCCAACAGAGUUGGUCAAACAGUGAAAUGGAACCCGAGAACAACUUCACAAGUGAGAUCGAGGAAGUUGUGAGUGAGCAGCAGCGUCUGAUUGCAGAGGAGAUGCUGGGCUAUCCAUAUCCUGCUGGACGCUACAACAUCUCAGCAAGGUCACUAGAGGAGCUGGUACCAGACAUGAAUGGAACACCAGUUCGAAGCUUGAUCAUCACCACGUGGCGAUCUGGUUCAACAUUCCUUGGUGAUGUGCUGAACAGUCAUCCUGGCAACUACUAUCACUAUGAACCAUUGCUCGACUAUGACAUUGUACAAAUUCGUGGAGAACCUCUCGCUUCCGGAGCAAUAAGGAAUCUCAGAAAUCUGCUGAACUGCAACUAUACAAAUAUGGAGCACUACUUGAACUAUGGAAAGGAACAUGUGUGGUUAUUCAACCAUAACACACGGUUGUGGGAUCAGUGCCAGCAACACCCAUCUCUCUGCUGGCUGCCUGAAUUCCUCAACUCCUUCUGCCGUUUAUUCCCCUUCCAGAGUAUGAAGGUUGUACGACUGCGGCUUAGUCUAGUGGAGGAACUCUUGGAAGAUCCCAGUCUGGGUGUUCGUGUGGUGCUGCUGGUGCGAGAUCCAAGAGGAACACUGCAGUCUCGGAAACAUCGUGACUGGUGUCCAGGGAACCCUGACUGUUUUGAGCCUAGGCGACUCUGUACAGAUCUUGUAGCAGAUUACAGUGCAGCUGUGCGCCUCACAAUGAAGUAUCCUCACAGGUUCCGGGCUGUACGAUAUGAAGAUCUCUCUGUGGAUCCACACAAAGGUGUUCAAGACCUUUUCCAAUUUUUUGGACUGGACUUCCAUCCUAACAUUCAGCUUUUCCUAGACACACAUACGAAAGUGAAUGUGGGUGGUGUGUCAAGUACUUACCGUAACUCCAAAUCUGCUCCUUUCCAUUGGCGCCAAGACCUUACAUAUUCAGAAGUAAAAGCUAUACAGAGGGCCUGUGCCCCAGCAAUGCACUACUGGGGCUACCGACGAGCUGCCAAUAGCUCGCAUCAAAAAGACUUCAAUCCACUCGCAGAAUUUUCACUGUCAUAGUCUGGUAUAUGUCUGCUUGACAAUUGUGGUAAAGGAAAUUGCCAGCGGUAUAGAAUGUCGCAUAUGAAGUGCAUAAUUCUCUUCACAGCAAAGUGACAGUGAUGUUAAGUUUUAUUAACUACGCAAGAAGUCCUUUAAUAAGGAAGUAAAACUGUUUUGAUGAAUUAUGAUGUAAAGAAGAAUAACGAUAGUUUAGAAGUACCUGCAUAUCUUCAUCAAACAUCUGUCAUCAUAUGAUUCAUACUGUUACCAUUAACAUGACACAAAGAACUAAAUAAGUGCAACUACAUGGCCCUUACCACAAGACAAGGGUUUAUACAGACAUCUCACUUUGUAAUGUUGUCACUCUGAUCAGAAUGCAGAUAUCAUAUUUUGCAAUGUUGUCAGUCUGACUGGUUUAAACUGAUAUUAUUGCUGUGUGCCAUAAUCAUUUUUGGCAUCAGGAUCUUCUUCAAAAUAUGUAUGAAAAACAUAUUUCUAUCCAAAUUUUGAAGAAGCUUAUUGAUGUUAGAAAGUGCAUGGUUUUAUGAAAGUAAAUUGUGAUUUUCAUAGUUAUGUUAACUUGUGAGUAAAAAUGAAGUAAAACAAAAACAUUAGCAUGAUUUUAUCAUGCGUAAUAUGUGCCUAUCAGUAUGGAAUUCAGAGGUAUAUAUAUGUGGUGAUAAAUAUUGAGGUCAUAUGACAUUGUCUCAAUAUGUAUGUUUCAAACAAACAUUGUUCCAUUUUAACAUAAAUCCAUGGUACAACAAUCUUUUUUACAGUUUUACUCAUUGGUUAAUACUUUAUUUAUAUUAAUAUUGCUCAGAGUAGAGUCAGGUAGUGUGUUGAUUGGUUGUAUUAUUUCUGAUAAAAAUGGUUCCAUUGUGCGUGAGCAUCAUUUGUUAUGUCUGCUGGUUGUUAUUUGUUCAUAUUUUUAUUACUUGAUAAGCAUCUUUCACAGGGUUUAUGCCAGGGUUUCCAUUCAACUCUACAGUGUUAUAAAGAGGACUUUCUGAGUUGUAACUAACUUCACAAUAGGUUACAGAGGUUUGGAAAUUCCGGUUUCUCCUCCCUCAAGAUUUUUGUCAUAUCUUGAAGACAAUUACAGAUAUUUUUAAUCAAUCUGACACAUUGACUUCCAGACCAAAUGCAACUGUUCGUGUGUGUUGUACGACGUGUUUUGGGAAUUGUAAAUUCUGAAUCAUCUUUAUGUUUGCUUUAAUCUGUCCUCAGUAAAUAUGUGCAUUAGCUAAAUAUUGAUUACAAAAAAACAAAUAUUGUACUUCAUUGCUUCUUUUCUUUCAGUCCACCAUUUUGGUAUAUUAGAAUACAUUUCAUUAAUUGUGUCCCCAAAUAAAUUACAAACAAAUUAAAAGGGUUCUUCUUAAAUGAAGCCAAUAAUUUGAACAUGCUGGGAUCUGAUCCAUGAAUGUAUGGCAUAAUGAAAUGAAAAGAUUUCAGGAAGUACAUGUUAAAAUUCUAAUGACAGUUGUCAUUGGCUUGGAGCAACAGUAUUUUCUGUAUUUUAUAAGUUGCUUAAAUUUAAAUUAAUUUCAAAGUUUGGUUCUAGCAUUUUGAAUAAAAUAUUAUUUCCUGUGUUAAAUUAUUCAGAAGAGAACGGAAUCCAAGCAGCACAUCAGACUGUUACAAUAACUAAAGGAGAUGUCUCAUGCAUAUAUGAUUGACAGUUUAAGGACAGUUACUUGCAAAUUUUACCAAAUAAUAAAAUGGUGGAUCUACACGUAGCACUUCAUUUAAGAGAACUGCAAUCUAAAGAAAUAUAUAAAUAAAGGCAGCUAGCAUAAAUUCAUAACUCAGUAGUUAAAACCAAAAAUUUCAUCCUUCUGCUGUAAGCAUGCACUAUUCUUUAUUAGUGGAUACUAGCCUUGUGCACCCAAAAGUUAAUGUAGCUGUGAUGCUCAGUUCUAAAAUUACAACCAGUUCCCAGUUGUCAUUGAGUAGAUUAUCUAUACAUGGGGAAAAUAGCACAACAUUUGAACUAUUAAACUUUUUAAAAUACUCAUAGUUGAAUUUAGAAACUUGUGAUAUGUGCUUUACAUGCUCUCUCAUAAUCCCACCUGCAUCUCUUGUAGCUAUCAUGACAUUCCUUUUGCAGAGGCUACAUAGAGUCUGUGACAUAUCCUUUCCAAUAUCACUUUUCUACCAUCUAAGCAAUUUAUAUGUGAUAAAUUUAGCAGCAUAUAAAGUGACUGAAAUAUUGAAAAAUGAUAGGUCUAAUGGUGUACAUAAGUAAAUACUCAUAUUAUCUUUAGUGCCUAAUGAAGUGUGAAUACUCAGUAUCACUGUAUUCAUUCACAGAUAUUUCAUAUGAUUUGUAUCUUUGUAAUUUGAAUAAUCCAAAGGUGACUAUAAUUAUAUGCAUAAUUAUGCUAGUUGCAUAAUAUGCAGGACAUCAGUGUUGUGAGAAAUAAAUGGGACACAAUUGCUCUCAGGUCAAGGAAAGAAUGAACACAGAUUCUCCCCCACCUGUCAGCCUAGCAACUGCCUCCCCUCUAUGUCCUUUCCCCACUCCUAUGGAUUGUCACUUGUAUUCUGGCCUGGUUUGUUAUGAAUUUACACUGAUGUAUCGUUUACUUUUUUUUAAAUAAGUUUAGUACAAUAUUUAGUACAGCAGUUAUUCUAUUUAUUAAAGUUAAUGAUUGAUAGUGAAGUAAACAGCUCCCUCCUUUUAAGGCAGGUACAUGAAACUGAACUGUAUGAUGGAGUAAUGUGUGCAGUGCAGGUAGGGAGGGGGAUCUGGCCUGAAUCCCCACUACCCAUGUUCAUUCUUUCCCUGGCCUGUGUUCAGAAUUUUUGUCUUGCUUAUUCUAAUCAGUAACAUAAAUAUGAAAAGUAUAUUAGGGAAACAUUAAGCUGUAAUAGAAAUAGAGUAAUUGAGUGGCAUGUAAGCAUUCAGUGUGCAGCUUGACAGAAAUAAGAGGGGUACUAUAAAACAUUAUUUGUAUUACGGUACAACAUUGAAAUGUUCAUGAUGAAUUUUAAUAGAUUUGUCUUCCAAACACCCUUUCAACCCUCUAGGCAAAAAUGAAAGCAGCUUUACCACAAUUUUAGUACUAUAAACAGUAGUCUAUGAUAAUCCAGCCUUCUAUUUCAGUGAUCUUUAUUGUGUAUAAAGAUACAACAUUUACAUUUAUAAGAAACAUAAAACAAUAUCAUGGUUACUUUUAUUCUCUUAAGUUGCCAACUUUUUGUGGGAGACUACUAUUUCUCCCUACACACAGUCUGUUACUUAACUGUAUUUCAGAAUCUUACUGAACAGGUUGGUCUACAGGUAACACAUGUAUUUGAGAUGUUCACAGUUCAAAUCUCAGCCAGAACACUGGCUAUCCUGACUGAGAAUUUUCAUAAUUCUCCUUGGUCCUCCCAGGCAAAUGUUGGGAUACUGCCAUGAUUACACCAUAAACACUUCCUUUCAAAUCCGUUUAAAUUCAUCAGCCAUUCUACCAUCUGAUGCUGUGUAGCCUAGAAACUGAGGGCAUCAUUAAAUAACCCAAAAAGUACUUCAGGCCCUUACUUUGUAACAAGUUAUUUUCUCUCAUGACACAUGCCCCAGUCAAAACUAAUCCAUUGUCAUCCAUGUUUCUUAUGUAUCAGAGCAGUCAGUUACUCAGCCACUGGAUUGAAGCUCUCACAGUGAUGAGACCACGAUCUUCUGGUUUAUAACACUGUGUAGUUUGGUGAAGUCCACUCACAUUUUGGGGAAAGACAUUGCCUCCAUCUCAGGGUUGAAAAGUAAGCCAAGUUGGUUUCUUGCUUGUCUCAUUCUUCAACUCUGAAGGUGGAGGCAGUACAUUCCUCCUACAUGUGAAUGAACUUCUACUGAACUACACAGUGCUCUUCAGUGAUCCAACACAUUUUUAAAACAAAAAUAGGAAUACAACUAGCUGCAAGUAAUAAAUGGAACACUCAACUCAUGCAAUUUUCAAAUAUGUUGUAAACAUUAUUCUGGUGAACACAUAUCAGGUUUGUGAAACACUAUACUGAAGCCUUAAUACUGUUAGCAGUUACAUUUGUAGAAACAUAUAUUUUUUAUCCAUAUUUCAGGUAUUAGUAUUUUUUCUUGUUAUCCUCUUGAUUUUGUCCGGAGGAAAGGUUAAAUAUUCUUAAAUUCAUAUUCUUUGAACAGACACAUAAAUUAAAAUGUUCAGAGAACAUGAGUAAAUUUUGCACUGAUGUAAAGAAAACUGAAAGAUACUUGCACUAAGUAUACAUAUGGUUGGCUCUGCAGACAUACUAAGUGGACACACGCAUAUUCUUGGUUAGUUCUGAAAAUAACCAGUGGAGAUACACAGCUUGCACGCUUCAUUUUUUAAUUAUAUGGAAGAAACAUCCAGUUUCUUUUUCACUACAUGCCAAAUCUCUAUUCAAACCAUCCAAUAGGCAUCUUUCUUCUGUUGAAGCUUGCUAUAAUCUUAGAAUUUACAAGACACUGUGAUUACCAUAAAUAAAGAGAUGAAAAUGUGGAAGGGAUGAUUUCCUUAUUGCUUUGUUUGUGCUUCAUUGGUUAUUUCAACACAUAUUUGUAUGGUGUAUGCUUAUCUAUGAUUGAUCUAUAUCCUUCCCCACAGUGCCAGUAUUAGAGACAGACAACCAGUGGCACUUGUGAAGAUUUAACUACAUUCUCUUAUGCUUUAAUGAUACUUAUGUUCUGGGAUACAAAUUGCAAGUUAAUGGAAGUCUUCAAGAUUUCACAGCACAUUUUUGAGAUCUAGAUUUCUGGGUAAUGAUGCACUGUUUAGAUAGGCUCCAUUUUGAAAGUAUUAACAAAUACUGCCAUCAGUAUAAGUAAUUUAAUCCUAAAUACUGAUUCUUCAAAAUUCACACAGACUAGAGCACUAUAACAAUGUUUUCACACAAAAAUAAAAACAUCAGAUUUAUGGCAGACUGAGCUACAAACAUUUGCUCUUGAGUAAAUGGCAUUCCACUUCUCUGUCAAGCUGCACAAUGAUAGGUCCUGAUUACUUCACUCUAUUUCUGCAUCUAUUCUUUAAUUACACACAUUUAUGUCAUCCUGUAAGUUCUAUAACAGGGCUAUCCAACUUCAAUCCACCGAGAGGUCGCACUAAAAUCUCUUACAUAAAUUUAGCAUUAAAAUUCAUGACACUUUGUAACUCAUAAAAAAGUGGGGGAAAGAACUCAUAUUUUAUUUAGGCAAAUGCCAUACCCAUUCCUUCUGAUAGCAUACACUGGAAAGCAGAGCAGCAGCAAUUGUGAGAAAGUUAUCAGAGUUUGAGACUGAAAAAUGAACUUCUGAAUUGGGUGUGAGAAAUUCUUUCUUGUUUAUAUCUUGAAAACUCUAGGCUUUCGUAUGCCUAAAAAAUUUGCUUUUGGCAAAGCAGAGAGAAUCUUUUUUUUUUUGGAAUAGUAGAUAUCUCUACAUUUAUCUUCAUAAUAGCAAGUCAAAGCAAGCAGGAAAGAGAUUAUCUGUUAGUAAAUAAUUAUAUCAAAAUUUUAUAUCACAGCUGAGACAGUUCUCUUAAAUAUGCAGGUUGUCUCAAGUGAAGGGAAGCACUGCUGUAUGUUUUGGGGAAUGGAAGGUUAUUCUUGCAGGCUACACAAAAUGAUAUGACAGGCCACAUGCAGCCUGCAUUCCCCUAGUUUGAUAGCCAUGUUAUUCCCGAAAAGUAAUGAGUAAGCAUAUUUAAUUCUUACAUGAAUGUUGUGUGCUGCAAUAACAUAAAUUUAGGUUUGUUUAUAUGUCACUAAGAGAGGCAAAAGAACACUUGGAAUACAUCUUGUCACCUUCAGCAGUCUAUACAGUUGAUUAAUCAAUAUGAUGUGAUCUGGAUGCAACAUAUCAGUAUGGUUUACCAACAUGCAUAUCAUAUGUUGGGGCGUUCAAAAAG